CUCUUGCAUAACAACAAGACCAACCUUCAUCUCUCCGCUCGCUCUCGUCCCGGCCAUUCCAAUACCUCCACCAUCGCACGACCCUUAACUCCAAUGCUCCGCCCUCUUUCGCUCCUCCGCCAGCAUCGUCUGUCGCUCCUCCGCUCUGUCUGCAGCAUGUCCGCUCCGCCCGCAGGUUCCGCCGCCCCAACACCCUCAAACACGCCGAUGGAAGACGCAAUCCGAGCAAAGAUCCAAGCAGCCCUUUUCCCCACCACCCUCACGAUCCGCAACGACUCACACAAACACGCUCACCACGCUCCGAUGCGCGGGGUGACUUCCAAAGAAACGCAUUUCAAUGUGACGAUAGUUUCCUCCGCGUUCGCAUCUAAACCGCAACCUGCGCGGCACAGGAUGGUGUAUAGUUUGCUAAAGGAUGAAAUGGCGCAAGAGGGAGGGAUACAUGCGCUGCAAUUGAGGACGAAGACGCCUGAGGAAGAGGCGAGAGAAACUAGGCCAACGACUCAGUAGUGAAAAGGGGUGGCGCCGGGGCUACUCGGGGAAACGACGACAGCACUCCAGGGCGAAUGACAUAAUUAUGGAUGGGAUCAUAGCGAACUCGAAGCCUGAUAUAUGGAAGCUGGCGUGGAAUGAGCCGUUUUUGGAUAUCAUGGCAAUGUCGGUGUUGCUGUCGUAUGUAUAAUUUGACGAUGACAUGUUUUGUAUAGAUCACACGUCUCAUGAUAGAAAUGAACCCGUCUCUACGG